AUGAAAAAGAUUCCGCAUUCUGAGAGGUUGAACGCACGAGUGGGGUCAUUCAGACAUAGUUUCCUAGAGAAGAGCAAAGAGAGGCUCCUCUCCAAAAAGGACUUUGCUGAGCUCCACGACGACAGCAAUGACCUCUCCAAUCGGUCCUUCCUCGACGCUCUCUCUAAUCGCGUCGUUGGCCUCCACAAAUGGUCCAAAGACGCUGCCUUCAAAUUGUACCAGAUGGGUCGCAAUGAUCGACGCAAAGUCGUUUUUGCGAUCAAAGCUGGCUUAUCCUUAGCCAUUGUCUCGCUUGUCAUUUACAUUGAGGAGAAGCAAUUUAGCAAGUACUCUGUCUGGGCAAUUCUCACUGUUGUUGUCGUUUUCGAAUUCAGCAUAGGUGCGACCCUGAACAAAGGUUUCAAUCGUGCUUUGGGAACAUUUUCUGCUGGGUUGCUUGCUUUGGGUAUUGCACAACUAUCCGUGUUGGUUGGUCGAACUUGUGAGGAGCUUAUUAUUGUGAUCUCUAUUUUUAUAGCUGGAUUUUGUGCGAGCUAUGUGAGGCUGUACCCUGCGAUGAAGCAAUAUGAAUAUGGCUUUCGUGUAUUCUUGUUGACAUUUUGCAUCGUGCUAGUGUCUGGGAGACACGGGUUGCAAUUUUUCUCAACAGCAUUUUACAGAUUGCUUCUAAUCGGUAUAGGUGCUGGUGUAAGUUUGUCUGUGAAUAUUUGCAUUUAUCCCAUCUGGUCUGGGGAGGAUCUGCACAAAUUGGUGGUAAAAAAUUUCAAUGGAGUUGCCACAUCUUUAGAAGGUUGUGUAAAUGGGUACCUGCAAUGCGUUGAAUAUGAGAGGGUCCCAUCCAAAAUACUAGUUUAUCAAGCCUCUGAUGACCCUCUUUACCGUGGUUAUAGAACAGCAGUGCAAUCGUCAACCCAAGAGGAGACUCUGGUAGAUUUUGCAUUAUGGGAACCACCUCAUGGUCCAUACAAGAUGUUCAAUUAUCCUUGGAGAAGCUACGUCAAAGUCAGUGGAGCAUUGAGGCAUUGUGCUUUCAUGGUCAUGGCAAUGCAUGGAUGCAUACUUUCAGAAAUACAGUCGCCUCCAGAGAAGAGGCUGGUUUUCUUUGAAGAGCUUCAGAAGGUUGGUAUUGAAGGAGCUAAAGUAUUGCGAACACUCGGAAGCAAAGUGGAAAGGAUGGAAAGGCUAAGCGGCAGUGAGAUUCUCCUCGAUGUUCAUGAUGCAGCUGAACAAUUGCAGAUGAAGAUUGACCGAUUGUCAUUCCUCCUAGUCAAUUAUGAGAGUUGGGAAGCUGCAAGACUGCGCAAGGAAAAAGAAGAUGAAAAUUUGAUGGACUUUAAAGACAGUGAGAACAAGCAACCCGAGAUCACUUCCCUCAAUGAUAUUGGGGAUGAUCCAAAACUCAACAUAAGAAUAGAACCUUCCAUGCCAGAAUCCUAUCUUCCAUACACUACGACCAAGAGCGUCAUGGGGCGUUCACAUUUCUCUUUUUUCCCAGAUGGAAUCGUAAAUGAACACGAAUCCAAAGUGUAUGAAAGUGCAAGCUCCUUGUCUUUGGCAACAUUUGCUUCAAACUUAAUCGAGUUUGUUGCGAGGCUUCAAAAUCUCGUGGAUGAAUUUCAAGAUCUCAGUGAGAAGGCUAAUUUUAAGGACCCUUUUGAAGUUGAACAACCGGUAUUGAAGUAG